ACGUGCUAAUUGGUUACCAUUCUUGUGCAGUAUGGUUGCUACAAAUGCUGAAUGGAUUGACCAUACACAGUCUGGCCCUAUUGACGCGUCGGUGUUGAAGUUGCAACCCACCUAUCGAUCUGAAGCUAUUUGGAAUGGGCAGGAUCCAGGGUCCCUUACCUGCUGUACUCGUAGUUCAGAGUUCUCCAAUCGAGAGCCAAUGGUGGACAACCAAGUCGUUGACAUCAUUAAGGUACUCAGUUUGGAAGGACUCCUCAGGGUCCCAGGUAGAGAGAUUGAUCAUGGUCUGAUAACGACCUUAGUGGAGCGAUGGUGGCCAAAGACUCACACCUUCCACAUGCCACAUAGUGAGGUCACCAUCACAUUGCAAGAUGUGGAGGUUUUUCUCGAUCUUCCUGUUGAUGGUGACGCUAUAACAAGGAGCACGCAGAAAGUUUGGGCGAAUGUGUGCCAGGAGUUCCUUGGCUUUCAACCUAUAAAUCAAGAGCAGCAUAAGCAACUUACUGGCCAGAGGAUCCUCAUCAACCAACUUUUGCAGCAAGUUGCUGCUCCAUUGCCGCCUAAUGCUGAAGAGAAUCAGUUGCAUAAGUACGCACGAUGCUACAUCCUAGCGUUACUGGGGGACACAAUAUUCAUGGACAAAUCCGGCGAUAGGGUGCAUCUAAUGUGGGUACAGCAGUUGGAAGACCUUCGCAACCCACGAAUGUACAGUUGAGGAAGUGCUUGCCUUGCAUGGUUGUACCGAGAGUUAUGCAGGGCAAGCGAUAAGGACACCAGUCAGAUCGGUGGGUGUUUACUGUUGGUCCAAUAGGAAAUCCUUAUUGAUCAACAAAUCAACUAAACAACUACUUGUGAGGCAUCAACUUUGGCUGGGACUGUUGGAAUUACUAAGCUGGCAACAGAGGUCCUGCCACAUGGCCUUAGGACACAACAUACACCAUAUGAUUCUGUGCACAGUAGUUUGAGAGUGUGAUUGUAUUUCUCCCUGAGUACACCUCCGGUGUACUUAGUGCUGUUUUUAUUAAUACAAUUUUUGGUUACUUAUCCCAAAAAAAAAAAAAAAGUUUCUGUGCACAGUAACAUAGCCAGAACUUCAAUAUAAUCAUAAAGGUUUAAAGCAAGUUAGGCGGAUUGUGGAAGACUGCAUACAAAAUAAAAUGCAUCCUGUAUACCAUAUCAAGGUUCUUAUGAUGAAGAAAGAGCUUGAAAAGGAUCCAGCGCUUGCAAACGACAACUGGGAUAGAUUUCUUCCAAAAUUCAAAAAGAAAAAUGUUCAGCAAAAGAAGGUCAAGACUAAAGAGAAGAAACCAUAUACACCUUUCCCUCCUCCACAACAACCUAGCAAGAUUGAUGAACAAUUGGAAAGUGGAGAAUUCUUCAUGUCUCAGAAAAAGAAAUCAGCAAAGACAUGGCAAGAGAAGCAGGAUAAGCAGGCACAGAAAACUGCAGGAAACAAAAGAAAAAGAGAAGCUGCAUUUAUUCCCCCAGAGAAAAAGGCAAAGGACUUUGGGAAGCAAAAAUUGAGUGAGAAUAUUAAUGCUUUUUGCCACGGUCAUGGGUUCUUGCACUGGAGGGCAAAAUUGGAUGAAUCAAAGAAGCGGUUUGUUCACCAACUGACCCUGAGUACUCCGUUAGUAGUGAGCAACUACCUUCCUGAGUCAGUCUCAUUGACAAUAGAAAGUGGUGGGGUUACUUGUACUGCAAUUCUUUCAGAGGUGGAAACUUCCUUUCAUCAUAUUGGUCCUUCACAUGACCUGGGUCUAGAAAUCCAUGUGCAACCAUCAGAUUUUAAGUUCCCUCGUACUGAAAAAUUCUGAGCAAUGGCUGAGUUCAGUGGGACCAAGUUUUCACUGUCUGAAAUCGUGGCCUUUUAUCCAGAUUUGUCAAAUGGUAGUUGAUAUAUGUACCAUUAAAUUUGCUAUUCAGGGUGUUUUAUGUGUGAUAAAACACUUAACUGUAAUUGUUUUGCAUUAUUCUAGGUCCAACACAUGUCAGAAGAAACUCUAAAGACGGCUGGUCCAUCACUUAUCCGAAAUGAGAUAGGAAGUGUUUCACUUAAUUCAUUCUCAAUGGUGGCUCUGAUGGCUAUAGUAUGUAGUCCUGAGAGUUUGCCACAAAUGUCAUUUUGUACCUCAUUUAAUGUAGAAUGCUAAAGCUAAACUAGUGCCUUGUUUUUCUAAUAACAAGUGAGAUCAGUUUUAUUGUAAUGGGUUGUUAGGACAUAUGUGUUUCACAUGUUAAGAACAUAUGUCAUAAUUUUAUGUAA